UUUAUUUAUAAACAUAUGCUGUAUAGAAAAAAAGUGAAUCUAGAAAAUCACAAUGAAUUCAUUUAAGUAUAUUUUAUUAUUCAUUUUGUUAAACGUUGCGAUUGUUGUUUCUCAAGUUUCAAUCCUUUUAUUAGGAGAUUCUUUGACAGUAGGAUAUACUCAGCGCAAUCAAACAUAUCAUCCUUAUGCGAUUCAACUGAAGAAAGAUUUUGAGAAAGCUUCAAUACAAGCUGACAUAGUUGUAAACGGACAAUCAGGAGAUCGCGUAGUAGAUGGAAGAUUCGAAAGACGUCUUCGUGAAUCUUUAAAGCAACAAGCUGCAAAGGGAAAAUCUUUCGAUUGGGUUGUCAUAUUAGGAGGGACAAAUGAUUGUUUUAACCGCUAUAAAUCUGAUAAAAUAUUUGCUGCAUUAAAAAAUCUUUAUCUUAUUUGUGAAAGUAGUGGUGCAAAUGUAUUAGCUUUAACUAUUCUAGAUUUUAAUAAUGAUGAGCAUGAACCGACAAGACUUCAAAUAAAUGAUUUGAUAAGAAACUAUACAGAUCCUAAAGUAACACCGUUUGAUAUAGCAAGUAAAAUUCCUAAUAACUCAACGUAUUAUCAACCUGAUGGUAUUCAUUUAACACCUUACGGUUAUGAUACCAUGGGAGAUUUGAUUUUUUUAACUUUUUUAGUAUAGUACUAUAUAAAAUCCAAAGCAAGUAAUCUUAAAACUGGUUUUAGGAUUACGUAAUCGAUUGGAUGUAAAGAUAUCGAUAAAUUCAUACUAUUCAUACUAUUUACUAUUUUACAUUAUUAAU